UUUUGUUGAAAUGGCAGAGGGAAUGGGUGUCUAACUCUGGCUACGCCAUCAUUGGCCUUCAAAGUAAUCCUUCAACGGGCUCCAUUGCCCUACUUAUAAAUCCUUCAGAAGCUGAUUUUUCAUUCAACAGUAAAAGGUAAUCACUCCAUUGAAAAUGGCACUCGGAUCACUUGCCUCAAAAACCAAGUCCUUCUGCUCUUACUUCCGUUCUGUCCUUAGAGUUAGACCCAAAUUCCACUCUUUCUCUAUUCUCACUCCGCAAAAUACCAAACUGCCAUUACCAGACCUUGUAAAUGAGAUCUCUCGCAUUCUCAGCGACCACAGAAACCCACACCAUGACUUAGAGCUCUCUCUAAGUACUUACUCGUUAAAAGUAUCUCCAAACUUGGUAGAGCAAGUAUUGAAACGUUGUAAGAAUCUUGGAUUCUCUGCCCACAGAUUCUUUCUUUGGGCAAAAAGAAUUCCGGGUUUUGAACAUAGUAAAGAGAGCUAUCACAUUUUGGUGGAUAUAUUGGGUUCAAGUAAGCAAUUUGCUAUAUUAUGGGAUUUCUUGAUGGAAAUGAGAGAAUUUCAAGACUGUAAAAUAACCCCAGAAAUUUUUUGGCUUGUUUUUAGAGCUUAUAGUAGAGCUAAUUUACCAGGUGAUGCGAUUCGUGCUUUUGAUAGAAUGGUCGAGUUUGGUUUAAACCCUGGAAUGGAUGAUCUUGAUCGACUAGUGUAUGCGCUAUGCAAACGUAAGCAUGUAAGACUUGCCCAGCAAUUUUUUGAUAGAGUUAAGCAUAGAUACGAGGCUAAAGCGAAAACUUAUAGCAUUUUGAUUAGGGGAUGGGGUGAUGUUGGUGAGUCGGAAUUAGCAUGUCAGGUGUUCGAUGAAAUGCUUCAAAGAAAAUGUGUUGUUGAUGUCUUCGCUUAUAAUAGUUUGUUGGAGGCUUUAUGUAGGGGAGGAAGGGUUGGUGAAGCUUAUAAGAUGUUUCGAGAAAUGGGUUCGAAAGGAGUUGAGGCAGAUGCUUGUAGUUAUUCGAUAUUUAUACGUGCAUAUUGUGAGUCAAAUGAUAUUCAUUCUGCUUUUAGGGUGCUUGAUGAAACGAAGAGAUAUGGUCUUUUGCCUAAUGUGUUCACUUAUAAUUGCAUAAUCAAGACUCUUUGCAAGAAUGAAAAGGUAGAAGAGGCUUAUGAAAUUUUGGAUGAGAUAAUUGAUAGGGGAGGUAGUCCUGAUGCAUGGAGUUAUAAUGCAAUUCUAGCUUAUCACUGCGAGCAUUGUGAGGUCAAUAGAGCUACCAAGCUGAUAUCCAGAAUGGUGAAAGAUAAUUGCUUACCAGAUCGACAUAGCUAUAACAUGUUGCUGAAAUUGCUUAUAAGAAUAGGGAGAUUUGAUAGAGCAACUGAAGUUUGGGAGAGUAUGGAGGGGAGAGGAUUUUAUCCUUCUGUAUCAACAUAUUCAGUUAUGAUACAUGGUUUUUGCAAGAAAAAGGGUAAACUAGAGGAGGCAUGUAAAUAUUUUGAGAUGAUGAUUGAUGAAGGAAUACCACCAUAUUCUUCUACUGUCGAGAUGUUGAGGAAUAGGCUAACAGGUUUAGGAUUGUUGGACUAUAUUGAGAUACUCGCUGGCAAGAUGGAGCGAAGCACUUCUUGUUCGAUACAAGAGUUCGCCAAUGCAAUGAGAGGUGGUAAGAUACAUGUGAGAUCAAGAAGUGAAGAAACAGAAGUUGAGACUGAUUGAAACAAGAGUGUUAUAAUUGAUAUUGCAUUUGCAGGAAUCUUGGAUUCGAAUCUUACUUAACUCUACCUCUACCUCUAAUCAAAUGCAUGUCCAAAUUACCCAAUCUACAAAAACGGCUCCAAAAUGUUUCUGGGGUUUUUUGCGCAA